UUCUCCGUUUAGGAAGGAAAUGGCGUCGAGCGACGAGCAACCGGCUCCGGUAGCAGCGAAGGCGGAAGCUCCUCAGCCGCCGGGGAAGGCAAUGACGGCGAUGCAGCAGAUGGUGGAGAAAGGAGCUCAAAUGCUGCAGUCUCUGAAGCCAUUGAAGGAAAUGAGUCAACACGUUUGCACUAUGGCGUUAUACAGCCACGAUCUGACUCGCCAAAUCCAGACUCACCUUUAUAUCUCUCGACUCAACCAGGACUUUCUCCAGGCCGCCGUCUACGAUUCCGACGACUCCAGUGCCCGUCUCAUUGGAAUCGAGUAUAUUGUUUCGGAUCGAAUAUUCGAUGCUUUAUCCCCGGAAGAGCAAAGGCUUUGGCACUCUCACGCUCACGAGGUCAAAUCGGGUCUUUGGGUUAAACCACGGUUCCCCGAGAUUAUGGGCAGACCCGAGUUGGAUGAGAUGGCCAAAACGUACGGCAAAUUCUGGUGCACGUGGCAGCUCGAUAGAGGGGACAAGCUUCCAUUGGGAGCCCCGGCGCUUAUGGUGUCACCCCAGGCGGAGGAUCCUGGGAGGGUGAAGGCGGAGCUGGUCGGCCGGAGGGAUGAGAAAUACAAGAUAUCGACGAAGGAGAUAGCGGAGGGGAGGAUUUACGUGGAGGAGACUGACAAGGAAAAUUCUGAGGCUGACUAUUGGAGAAAGCACCCAGGGAAGGGCUUUGCCAUCGACAUACAUAGCUUAGGCAGUAACAAAUAAUGUCUCAAGUUCUACCUAAGCUUUAGCCCUUCUGGGUCUUGUGUAUGUGUGUGUACGUAUGUAUAUAUCCAACUAUAAAAAUGGAAAAUAAACAAUAA